GUGGCCAUAUGCAAACCCCUCCACUAUCUGAACAUCAUGAGCCCACGGAUGUGCUUGUUAAUAUUAAUGGCUGCUUGGAUCAUUGGCCUCAUUCAUUCAUCAGCCCAGUUGGCUUUUAUCAUAAACUUGCCCUUCUGUGGUCCUAACAUAUUAGACAGCUUCUACUGUGACAUACCACGACUUCUUAAACUUGCAAGCACAGAUACUUACAAACUUGAGUUUAUGGUCACUGCCAAUAGUGGGUUCAUUUCCUUGGUUGCAUUCUUCUUACUCAUCAUCUCCUACAUCUUCCUCCUCAUCACUGUCCAGAAGCACACCUUAGGACGCUCAUCCAAGGCCCUCUCUACUUUGUUGGCCCAUAUUAUUGUUGUAAUUUUGUUUUCUGGCCCAUUGGUUUUUUUCUAUGUGUGGCCUGCUCCUUCAACACAUGUGGAUAAAUUUCUAGCUAUAUUUGAUGCAGUUUUGACUCCCUUUCUAAAUCCAGUUAUCUAUACAUUCAGGAACAGGGAGAUGAAG